AUGCUUCCUAUAAAGAUUGGCACGCUGAAUUUACAAUAUUACGAAGUGUUGUGGCUCCAAUUAGUUAAAGUGAUACAACGCCGUUGGAAAAAUUUAAGAGCAUGUUUUUCGAGGGAGCUUCGUUGUCAAAAAGACGUAAAAUCAGGGCAAGCUGCACCUAAACGAAAACGAUACGUGUACUUUGAUAAGUUACUGUUUUUGGUACCUUCUAUGGAGCCAGGGAGAGAAACCUCAAUUAACGUGACAUCGCUUGACGAAGAAGCAAUAAGUGAGAACGAUUCUUCUACACCAGCAAUAACACGACCAACAAAAGAAAAGAAGAAGAAUAAAAGUUACGAAGAAUCUUUAUUAGAAAUAUUAAGGGAUAAAACCAACCACCAAGACAUCCAGACACCACCAGACCCAGACAAUUAUUUCGCGUUAUCAUUGGUUCCAUUAUUAAAGUCAAUUCCACCAGAUCAGAAAAUUGAUGCCCAGAUUGCGAUUUUGAACACCCUAAAAUAUUAUACACAAUGUAACUAUAAUAAUUAUAAUUCUACUGCUGCAACAUACAUUCUUCCUCAACCACAACAACCUCGUAUAAUUUCGCAACAAAUAAUAUCCCAGCCCAACCCGCACUAG